AAUUCUAUCUGACUAGUGUCUCUCAUUAAGCUAUAUAGGUUUUGAAAAGCCAGCGCCCAAAGGUGCUUGAUUUAAGCCGGUCAACGUCUGGUAGAGUAGAAAGCUAUAGCCUUACUGAAAAAAGGCCCAGUUUGCUCAGAAAGUUUUCAGUCUUGCUUUUGCGCUUCUUCAUUGGAUUGAGUGUGUGGUAGCCGCUUCUGACCGAACCGCUCUUUUUCUUUCUGGCAUGAACUUUUGUUUGUCCUUUUUCAAGGAAGCGCAAUUGUGUUAGUGUUCCGGGUCCAAACAAAAGAAGAAUUGGAUCCUGGCUGGCGUCGAGAGAGAUUUGAGAUUCCGUAAGUAACCUAGUGCAUGUGCCUUUUUGGAAAAUGAAAUAAAAUAGGAACAAUCCCAAGAAAACAAGCAUGCCCCGGUAUUUUCUACGCUUUCUUUCUUUCUUUGCAUCAAUUUGUGGCGUACGUUUUCUAGGAUCAGAAGGAACCGCUAUAAUCACCAGCGGUCAAAAUCUAGUGCUUUUUGCAAUACUGAUUUUAUGCAGCAGCUUUCUCUUUGGUCGUUAUGCUGUACUUUUGAAAAAGAAGUACGGCUUUCGCCUUGUCUUUGUUAUGUAUCUAUCCUUGCUAUUUGCCAUCUCUUUCUUUUGCUAUUUUAUCCGAAUCUAUUUGAAUUCUCAUGUAGGUGAGCUUUUGCCCUAUUUCUUCCCUCUCAUCUUUACUGUAGGGGGAGGGCAAGCGCUUCCGGGGCCUUCUAAUGCUGGUCCGUCUAAUGUGGGUCAGCCUGACUCGCUGUACGGAUCCUUUCCGUCCGUACCUAGGGAUUUAUCCCCCAUUCCUAGUGAUGCGUCGGUCCCCUCUAUCCCUUCCAUACCGUCGUAUGAUGGUAAUGAGAGGGAACAGUCAGUUGAACAGCCGGCGCCGGAGGAAACCCUCGAAAGGACCCCGGAAUACAAAGCCGCGGAACGCAAGUUGAAUCAAUUUGCGGAGAAUAAGACGCGGCUAAUUACCUAUUCUGCCACUCUACUGACCGCGCGCAAUGAGCCUCUCCCGGAUGAUCCGCACGAUAUCAAUCGUGCGAUUGACGUUAUGCUCGCGGAGGCCGAAUUUUUAGGGAUAGAUGAGACUAAUCAGAAGCUCGCUUCCCUUCGGAGGUCCUUCCAAAACCCCCACAGCGAAGAUUGGGGGGAGUUUCUCCAGGAGCUAGAUAGAAUUCAAGGUAAAGACAGAGGGCGCGGAUAA